AGGACAGUAUGGCAUUGCGCAUGCUUCGUGACACACUUUCCUCAUUGCUGUGGUAGAGACGCCAUUUUACACUUUUUAUCAACUUUUCAGUUCGAAAAUAUUAAAACAAUAAGAAUGCUAUGUUUUCUAUUUUAGCAUCAUUUGGACGCCAGUUUAACAUUAUAUUUUUUUUCCUGUGAUUUUAUACUGCAAAACAGGCCUAUUGACAGCUCAAAAAUGGACGGGAUUGACACAAGCAGCCACAUCUGUUUGAUCUGCAAUCAGACAAUCAUAGGCCUGAUGAAGUAUGUUGACCACUUCAAAUCGCACGCAAUUCCCAGUGACGGGCCCAUAGUGGAACAAAAGGUCAAUGUUGAUGACAUCAACAAGGUUCUCAUACCAGAUAACAGUGAUGGCCAAGGAAAUCAUAUAGGUAGUAGGAGUAGUCAAGAGAACUCCUGCACUGAGCACGCUACUUCUGCAACACAUGAGGCGGGUGCUUAUAGCGGAGAGGCUUCCCCACUCUCUGAGUUUAUCAACAACCCAGAUGAUUUCCCAGACCCAGACAUAGACACGGAUGCUCUCCUGUCUCCCAAACACUGCUCCGAUUUUUUUCAAUCUCUAGAAUUGAAAAGUGCAAAUGAGGAAGCUCCGCCCCGACCUAGACUGAAAGCAGUACAGCGUUUGUCAAUUUUAGAAGACGAUGCUCAUGCUGAGUCCCUGCUUCCCAUCACAGCUAUUCUUAGUAACCUUGACUUUAGUAGUGACGAUGAUGACAUGCUUGGAAUGGGCGAUACAGACAAUGCAAUGGACAACGAUGAUGGCUGGCUAAGCGAUGAUAGUAGAUCAAACUCACACCCUCCUCAAGGUCACACUGGAGGCAAGUGGAAGCCGGGCGAAGGCCCCAAACGUCGACAACCUAUAGCUGGCAAGUGGAAGCCUGGUCAGCGCCCUGCCCCUGCGUGUCGGAAAGGGGUGUUCAGAAAACCACCAAAACGUGUCCGUGGCAAGGAAGAUGGCAAGGCAUUUCACUGCACAGUGUGCAAUGCUUACUUUGAAGAUCGUUUUUCAUACUCUUUGCACUUUGGUCAGUCCCAGCACAAAAGUUUUGCAGCUGCGAAAAAGCUCGAGAUAGACAAAGCACUUUUCACAGAUGGAGAGAAAAGACAGGAAGAAUCUGAGAAAACUACCCAGUCUCAAGAGAUGCCGGAAACUACAGUGUCAGCCAUCAGGCCGAGGAAAGCAGAUGACAGCUGUUACUGCACUGUGUGUAACUUGUACUUUGACAAUUCCGUUGUGUUCUCCACCCACUGCGAGACCAAGCUCCACCAAGACGCUACAGUCAGACACGGUUACAGAGAGUACAAGAGUUCUGAUGGGACUGUCCUUAGGGUGGACGUCCGCAAUGAAACGGUUACAGAGGAGAAAAAGGAUGAGUGGCCUGCAGCUCCGGAGGAAAUUGCAAGUGAUCCAGUGUGUCAAGCUGUCAUGGGCCUGGAGCAGCCUGAGUGGCACGACUGCGGCAUCUGUGGGAAGAGCUUCCGGCGCAAGUACGAGAUGGCCCGCCACCUGCUGACCCGCAUGCACCGAGCGCGGGCGCUGAACCACCCGGAGGCCGAGUCCACUCAGAUGCUGGACAAGUACAACAAGUACAUGAUCCGACUCAGCCCCUUCCAGUGCGGCGUCUGUCAGUUCUACUUUAACAGACAGAAAGACUUCCUGGAUCACAUGGGCAGCUCAAGCCACAUUAGUGGCUGCGCGGACAUGCUGGGGCCUAUUGUUUGUGUGUCGUGUAAAUUCAAAACACACAAACACGCUGAGAUGAUGGAACACCUUCAGCUCCCAGAACAUUUUGCACAGGUGGAGAGGAAACACGGCAUCUGCAUAGUACGUGAGAGCCACACCCGCAUCACGUGCAAGUUCUGUGGCGUGAAGAUGCAUUCAGCGGUGCGCAUGAAGCGUCAUUGUGAGCGCAAACAUAGCAACCGUUUGACGGAGGUGCAGGCUGCAAUGGAUGUCAAGGCCGUGGAGUUUCGCAUGCAUUUUUGCCCCUUGUGCAAGAAAGAGUUCAGGGUUCGGAGCAUGUUGCAGUUACAUUUUCUGAAGGUCCACAAGAACAUGGUUCUGUUUCACUGCGACAUCUGCAACAGAGGCUUCCUGGACCAGCGCAGACUGGACAAUCACCUGAGGACACGCUACCAUGCCAAAAGAGUUAUAGCCAAGAAUAUCAGUCAGAUGCCACCAAAAACUACACCCGCCCCUCAGAAAACGGCCCCACCCCCGUCUAAAGCUGUUGGCCUUGCAGAAGAUCAGCAGAAGAAAAAAAGAGGCCGCCCAAAGAAAGGGGAAGAAAAAAAACCCAGCAAGCCAUCUGCACCCAAAGAAAAGAUCCCAGUCAAACCGGCACAAGAAGAAGAGAAGCAGGCUGAGGAGGAGGGAGUGCCGCCACGGAGAAGUGUCCGGAAAAGGAAGAAAAAAGAAUUUUUGAAUGAAGACGACUGGGAAGAUAAGAGAAAGAAGCACAAGUUGAAAGUAGAAAAAUCAAAACCUGAUAAGAAAAAAUCUGUAACAAAAACUUUUGGUGAAAUGAAGGUCUCUGAUCAAGUUUUUAAGAAACAAGCUAUUUCUGGUGUGAGGGGGGCAGCAGCGGAGAGUCAGACUCAUGACUUGGUCUCUGCGGAGAAAGGACAAAUGUCGGACACAGCAGCAAUUUCUUCAGAAGAUCAGACGGGAACUGUAAAACCGACUGAUGAUGUGAGCACAACUACUGAACAGCCUCUUGUGCCCCUGAAAGUUCCAGAGACCAACCAUGUAUUCACAGAUGAAGAAAACGAUGAUGUUGAUGAUGACUAUAGUGAUGGUGAGAUAGACGACGACUUCCUGCCGUUGAAGGAGAAAAAGCUGGUGGAUGAGGUGGAUGAAGAGACGCUAGCCGAGGCCAGCAAACACAUCUUCUCCUGCACCUACUGCGAGUUUGCUGCCACGGACUUGUUUGGCCUCCGCAGCCACUACAAUGAGAAACAUCCAAACGACAUUCUCACAUGCCAGCCCUGCAACCAGUACUUCCUUUCUCUCAAGGCCUACAAGAUCCACUGCUCAGGACGAGGCCACCAGCUCCGGCUUCGCGAACAGACCGGGGAGACCAAGAUGCACAAAUGCCCCGUGUGCGACAAACGCUUCCUGCAGGAGUCGUGCUGCACCCUCCACCUCGAGACAGUUCACCGCCAUGCCAGCUGCGAGGCUGACCUGCAGCGGAUCCACAAGGGCAAGGAUCUGGUCACACAGCUCUACGGAGACCAUGUCAAACAGAUUGAAAGCCUCAGCAAUGACACAUCUGUGUCCUGCCCAGAGUGCGGCAAAUUUGUCAAGAAGGAGACGUUGGUGGAACACCUGCGACUGCACACAGGAGAGCGGCCCUACACGUGUCGCUUCUGCCCCAAGAGCUUUGCCGGCCGCCUUACGCUGCGCAGACAUAUCUCCACCCAUCUCAACAUGCCGCUGUUCAUCUGUGACCUCUGCGGGAAAGAGUUCAAGCGCAACAGUCACCUGCUCAAGCACAUACGACAGCAUGACUUUGAGAAAAAGGGAGAGAAGCACACUUGUUCCGUGUGUAAGGCGUGGUUCUACACGCCGGAGGAGCUGGCGCGGCACAUGAAGCGGCAUGGCGAGCGGAACUUCAAGUGCACCUGGCCGGGCUGUCACUGGACGUUUGUUCUGAGCGGGGAGCUCAAGUCCCACAUGUUCACUCACACGGGGGAGAAGAAGUACCUGUGCGACAUGUGUGGCUUCGGCGCGCCCACUCGCACCAGGCUGCGCCGCCACGUCAAAAGUCACGAGAAAACGAGAAACUUUAACUGUGAGUACUGCCCCUACAAGGCCACCUGCAAAGUUCACUUGAAGCGGCACAUGAGGAUCCACAUCAACUCGCGUCCCUUUGCCUGCCCGUACUGUAACUACACGUGUAAUACACAUGAGAAUAUACGUAAGCACAUUCUCAAAACCCAGAAACAUAAAGGCAUGAAGUUGUACCCGUGUAAGCUGUGCUCCGACUUCGGCUGUGACUCUAGCAAAGAGUUUAAAGCUCAUCUCAUGACGGUACAUGAGAAGUACUUGAGAGAAAAUGCAAUAGACUCUUUGGCUGUAUUCUCGGGGUUGUAUAAGAGAGAGGAAGACUUUCAGAAGCCUAAAGAAGGCUCUGCAAUUAUACAGGUUACAAAAGGUAGGUUCUUUAGAUCAUACCAAAACCCUGAUGCACAACCAGCCCCUCCCAAAGUCAAGAAAGGGAAAAAGGUGCCCAAAAUCGGAGAGGUGAAGGUUGUUAUUGUUCCACCUUCCGAACUAAAUCUAGAUGGUGAUUUAAACCCGCAUGAUCAGCAGCAGCAGCAGCAGCAGCAUCGUACGACCCUCAGCAAGACGCCGGUCGUUGCAUCUGGCACUGCAGCCCCAAUCACCGUGGAAACGCCCGAGCCGUGGUACUCUGGCAUGCCACAGGUCCAUGCGCCGUCCUCGCAGGAGCUUCAGCAACAACAGUUCCGUCCCGUGGAAGCCAACGCCACGCAAGCGACGGCCGGCAACUUCUUGCCGAACACGUACUUCUCCUGCAACAUCCCAGUGGGCGGCAUUCAGAGUAUACAGAGCACGGUCAACGGCCAGCUGUACACCGGGGUGGUGGAGAACGUGGUUGUACUCAGUGACCCCACCCAGCAGGCUUCCAACGUUCACGGCUAG